AUCGUCAUUUCAGAAUGAACUGAAGUGUGGAGUAUUUGAUGUAUCCUUAAAAUGUUGAAUAAAAUCAUCAAUAUUGACAUCGUGACUACUAGAAAUAGGUUCAUCUUUAUAUUUGUUUAUAUAUUUCCAGAACUUUCUGGGCUAGAUUUAUUUAAAGUACUUAAUGUAUUUCGUUCUUUGGUAUAAAAUGACGCGUUGCUUUAAUACAGACGAAAAGAUAUGCUUCAUUAGACUGUACAGUGCGUUAUUUAUAAGUACAUGUACAAUGCCACUAAAAGGAUGCAUGUCAAAAUCAAUAAAUUCCAGUCUAGAAAAGCAGAAAUCAUAAAUGAAAAAGGGAUAAAUAAGCUUCAAUAUCAACUUAAGGAGAUUAUGUUACCGCCGAGAACGUAACUGUUACAACGGAAUGCGGUGAUGUCAACGGCUUUACGAAAGACGGCGCAUACAGUUUCAGAGGAAUUCCUUACGCCAUGCCACCUGUCGGGAAAAGACGCUGGCAGCCACCAGAAAGCCUUCGCCCCAAAACCGGAAAUUGUUGGAAUGGCACGUACCCGGCAUUCAAAUACGGAAGUACGUGUUUCCAAAUUAGCCCGUAUGACAAGAAAACGUUAAUUGGAAGUGAGGACUGUUUAUAUUUAAAUGUUCUCACGCCUACCUUAGACAUGAACGCCUCUAAGCCGGUAAUGGUGUGGAUCCAUGGCGGAAGUCUUCAGUUUUCCAGCGGAAGUUGGCCCCUGUAUAGCCCCACGGAACGACUGGCGGCGGAGACGGACAUUGUUUACGUAGGAUUCAACUAUCGGCUACAUGCGUUCGGCUUCAUGGCUCUGCAGGUGCUUGCGGACCAAUCUCCCCUCAAUGUCUCCGGAAACUACGGUUUCAUGGAUAUGAUCACCGUCCUGGAGUGGGUGCAGACCAAUAUCCGGAACUUUGGAGGUGAUCCCAAUCAGGUAACGGUGUUUGGUCAGAGUUCCGGUGGGACAGCAAUAUUCGCGCUGCUUGCCUCUCCCCUCUGUCAGGGCCUCUUCCAUCGUGCUUGGCUCCUCUCAGCCUCUGCGAUCCUCAACAAGACCGUAAAUGAUGCCUACAGAGACAACGAGGUUUUCCUGACACGGACGGGUUGCGGGUCGGACGUGCGCUGUCUGUACGGUCUGUCGGCGGCGAAGGUGACGCAGGCGGUCCCCUGGAAUGUGUUCCCGUACUGGGCCAUGGAAGAUCAAGGGGACCUCCCCACAAGGAACCAUUUUGACGGUGCCAUCGCUGUCGUCGAUGGAGUAGUAAUCCCAGAGGCGCCAUUUUUAGCCUGGUCAAAGGGAAACAUGGUUGAUGUCCCUUUACUGAUAGGAUCCUGUGCCAAUGAAAUAGACUACAAUCCAGUCGAAAGGACAAUGAAUACUUGGACGUGGGAUCAAUACGUCAGACACGUAAACGCCAAAAUGGGUACGUUCGGGAAUUUAACGUUAGAGACGGCGUUAAGGUUAUAUCCGGUUAACCGAUCCACACCGGAAUUUCAGCUGACAAGCAUGGCCAGUGAUAUUGCUUCAAAUUGUCCGAAUGACGUGCUUGCACAAUACGCAAGCAGCACGUUCAAGUCUCCGGUAUACCGUUACGUCGUGACGUCAACACCAUCCGUUCCAGUUCAUGCCGUUGGUAUUCCGUUUCCGGCCUCUUAUUCAUUCCAUAUGUGGGACAUUUUCGCAUUUUUCGGACUCAUCCAAGAUUACAUAAAAGAACCGACGUUGCGUGAUAUACAAUGGCAACGUAACGUUCAGAAGGAAGUGAUCUCUUUUGUACGUACCGGAAAGCCGACGUCUGAAUGGGGAACGUAUCCUGACGUCACAGCUUUGCUCUCUGACGUCACUGAACUCGCAAAGGCUUACAAUCCCGCACAAUGUGAAUUCUUAAUGAAGGGCGGGUUCUUUAGUCAUGCCUGGAUAAACUGAUAAUUUGUCGAUUUUUUUUCAUGAUAACCUUUUUUUAAUUGUCCCAUAUCUUAAGUCAUGUAACCUUCUUAAAGUUUGUUGUUGUUUUUGUUGUUUUCAUCGCCAAGUCCGUCACAUAUUGUUGGUGGAUUUUUUUGGUAAAAAAAUGAUAUAAGUAUAGACAUCUUUAAAACAUAAAUCUCCGAAAUGAACAUUA